AUGUGGGGAAACAGUGAAGUCGUUUCGACUCGUCAUCAGAUGUUGCUCUUCGAUGCUGAGCAAAAUGCACAGGGUAUUUCUGACCAGCGCAUGCGACGAAGGUCAGGUUUGCAGGCCGUGUGGCAGUCAGGUUGGAUGGCUUGGCAUUUUGGCUGGGAUCCGUCUCUGCAGCUCAAUCUGAACACUGGCUUGUCGGAAGUGGGUCAGUCCCGGCAAGACAGAGCCAAUCAGGACUUUCUGCAAGAUCAUCAGGAGUCUAUGAAGAAGUGGUCUUACGGCCUAGCAGUGCUCGGCCUCACUGUCGGCAUCCUUGGCUUGCUUGUCACAUUUGUCACCGCAGGCAUGGGUACCUUCAUCUUUGUCACUCAAGCUGUCAACGUCGUCACAGCUGCAGGGAGCCUGGUACUAAUGCAUUUGCAGGAGCUUGCCCAGGAGGAUUCCACACUCACGGAAGAAGAGAGGCGGGAGAAGCAAGACAUGCUUUCACUUUGCCAGGGCAUCCUUGGUAUGGUUGGCCUCGCUACCUUCGCCUUUGAUUUCUUCAAAGGCUUUGCUGCUUCACAGGUAGCUGGCGGACUUGCAGCUGGAGCCGCUCAGGCUGUGGGAAUGCAGCGGCUGACUCGGAUUGCAGGCCUUGUUCGCGCCGCUAUGCGGCUUGGCGGGCAGGGUCUUCGGGUGUUGCAACUUCCGGCCCUCCUGCGCACUGCGGACCGCGUUCUUGCAGCUUUUGGCCUCAACGGUGCGCGUCUUGCACAAUUGGGCAUGACGUCACGAACUCGAGUGCGGGUUGUCAUUCUGGAACUGGUCAACGGUGUGGCCAUUGGGCUAAGAUCCUUCCUCAACACGAUGCAGCACCGGGAGCAAUCAGGUGCGCAAGAGCGAGAUGACCAGAAAAAGCAGCACGAAAGCACUGCAGGAGCUUCAGUGUCAGAGGAGACGACUGCAGGAGCCUCAGAGGAGACGACGCAGACGGAGGAAAGUUGUGAGAUGACGGAUGGCUCCAAGUGGGAAUGGAUAGAUCAGUCUUCCGAUCUCAACGCCGUGGUAGAGACGUCGGAGGAAGCUUCCGAAGAGAGCCAGCUUGCUGCCUCCCGUCGCCCUGCCAAGCGCAGUCAAGCCUCGCAUGAGCGUCUGCGGUAUGCCCCUUCCGGUGCACAGCCUGUCGAUGUGUGGUUUGAGGGGACCGAGCGGCAGACAAGUCGCGACUUGACGGAGUCGGAAGAAGAGCUACUCAAAAAUGUGAAGAGUGAGGAGGAUCUGCGAAAGUUCUUCGAAAAACAGCAGGCCAAGUCGAAGAAGAAGUCCGAGCAAAGUCGAAGCAGCAAGUUUGAGACCCGCACGCUAAGGGAUGGCUCAAAAAAAACCGUGGAGACAGAGCGCCACAGAGGCGGGCAUGGAGGGGACGACCACAUCCAGGUGCAGAAGAGCCAGGUGCUCGGGCAAGAAGGAUCUGAGCUCGAAAUCAAAGUGGAGACCCGAAGUACGAAAGGCAUUCUCAAUGAAAGCAAGCUUGUCCUCCACACCAGUGCCAAAGACUCGAGGAUCACCGGUACAGCUUUGUCCGACGAUGCCACCAAGCUGUUGCUCAAGAAGCUGGGCAUUCCUCGGGACAAGGUCAUCAUCAAAGGCGGACAAGCCAGAGCCAAGGAAUGGGACGUAAACCCCGACUCGCGCCCUGGAUCCUUGCCUGGAGUGGACCGGAAGAAUUCAGGAUCAACAAGCUGGGAGAGCCUAAUCCAGACCGUUCUUUACCUGCAGGAGCGAGAGAAGGGCAAGAGCCCGGCGGAGGCCGGAUCAGCUUCUGGAGGCCAGAAAGCGCAGGAGGCUGCUGCAAAGGUGAUGGGAUCUCUUUUGGGGCCGAAGGUGAAACCCUCUGCGAACUUGGGUCGCGAACAGAUGGAGCGGCUUGGCUACGAAGACGGAAAGGACUUCGUGAUUCAUGACGGCAAAGUUAUGCCGAAAGGUCGUGAAAGAGGCAUGGAGAGCAAAGGCCUCCAGGAGUCGGUCCUCUUCACCGUGGCUUAUCUCCAGGCAAAGAAGAGCCAUGGUGAUGAGCAGGCAAUGCGAAUGGCAGAGAGCCCAGGUGCCGAAAAACUCGUUUAUGCUCGCCUCCAGGAUUUUGGUACGACUCGCCGCUCUGAGUUUGAGGAGGUGGAGAGACCCAGUUGGGAAAAGAAGGUCCUAAGAGUCAUGGAUAAGGUGAAGAAAAAGUUUGGCUGUGACAGCAAACAAGCACACUUAGCCCAUCAGCUUUCUUUCGAUGUAAUGAUGGAGAAGGUCGUGGUGCUCGUUCGAAACGGCGAUGCCAAAGGAUUGGAGCACUUUGUGGUUGAGUUCGUCAAGAAUAACAAUACCCUCUUGGAGGACAUCAAGGUCAAGGACGACCCGGAGCUUGAGAGCGAUAUGGAGGUGAUCCUUAAUGAGCAGCAAGAGUACAUUCAACACAAGCUUCUGUCAGUUCUUUUGGCUAUGCAUUCUACGCAGAGCGACGAAGAGUUGCAUCGUGAGGUCGAAGAACUGCUAGAGCACAUGAACAGUUAUGUGGGCAAUCUUCGGCCCGGACAUGGCCCAACGAAUCAAUCCAUUGGGAGAGGCAACGACCUGAAGUUUUACCCAGACGGCAGCGUGACACCUAGAAGCCAGUGGAUCCACAGAUUUUUCCAAGAGCAUACCCGUCGGGACACGAAGUCCGGAAGAGUAGCGUCUUCUGUGACGGAUCCUCAUAACAGGUACGAAGGUACCUUGCCAAACUAG